AUUCCCAUCACCAAAUUCCGCAGCACCUUCAAACACUACGGCGUGCUUCUUCUUAAAACGCGGCAUUAAAGAGGUGCACUUUACAAGCACGAAAAAAUUUACCUGUGAAAGUGAAAACGUGACAACACGAUAAAACGGACGAAGCAAGCAAAACAGAAAACGAGUGCAUAAAAACAACGAAAGGAGGAUAAGAAGAACAAGUGCAGCAUAUCAGAAAAAAAAAGAGAACGCAACAAUAGCACAGAAAAAAUAAAAAUAAAUAAAAUAACGAAGACAGGGCAAGGAAAGCAAGAACUAAAACACCAUAUAUUGACAGAAUCGAAAACGCUGACAAUUGCGAUUUAAUCCACACAUAGCUAUGCUUCUUCAGUUCUCGUGCUAAAUCGUUUACUAUAAUGAAUUCCGCGCGGCACCAUCGUAUUGGAGUAUUUCUGUCUCCAUAACUUGGUUACCAUUUAAAUAAAAUUAAAACUUAAAUAUAUUAGUAAUAAAAUAAGCACGACUACAACCCCAAACAACACCCGCAAAUUGAUUGCCACACAACGGAUAGCAAAGCACUGCAACGUAAAAAGCCAUCUAGUCAAACAGAACCAACAAAGAAGCCGCCAACUGCCUGGAAGGAAGAACGAAUCCGAGUGGACCCAAACCCAAAUAAAAACUUGACAGAGGAUCCCGAGAGACCGCAAACCUGGCCAAGAAGAUGCCAUACCAUCGAGGCGGAGAUGCCUCUUCCCAGGCCGACAAGCUGAGCGGCAUCGUGGAGGAAAGCGACCUUUACGAAGGGUUCGCCCCGCAUGUCGAAACGUCCGAGAUCAAAACCCUCGACUUCUACAAUUUACCAAAGCAAACCGGCAAAGAGCCUGCACUGCGCUCAUACACUGAAAUCCAGCAGCUGCUGCAGCAGGGCAAGAAGCGUGACGUGAAGAACAUACUCAGGGAGAACUCGUGGCCCAUUAACUCCCCGAUCCGAGCCCAGCUGUGGCCGAUGUUGUGUGGCCAGCACCAGACCAAACAGCAAAUGCUAGAUGGCUUCUACUGGGAGAUGGUUCACCAGGUCUUUGGCACCACGGAGCUGUCGGAGAAGCCGAUCAUGUUGCCCGCAUUUGUGGAUGCCACCCACUGUUUGCCGUAUCACUUGACCAGCACGGGACGAGCCGUAGCCGAUCGCAUCGUGAAUGUCCUGGGCUACGACUGCCCCGAUAUUACCUACAGUCCAGUAUUGUAUCCCAUUACAUCGAUACUUUUGCAUUUCAUGUCGGAGGAGGAGGCUUACAUAUGUCUAGCCGGUCUGGUCGGUAGCAAGGAGAAGGUAUUCAUCAAUCAAACCAAACUACAGCACGAAGUCACCUGGAAGACGGUGAUGCAAAUAGCCAAAAAGCACACGAAAAGUGCUACUUCGUAUUUCCAACGUAUUUGCCCAGGCCUGAAGCUGGAACGCAUCUUCAUGGACUGGUGCUGGUGGAUUCUAGCCGGUCUACCCUUCCAGCAUCUGGUGCGGAUCAUGGACUGCUACUUCCACGAGGGCAUCAAGGUCCUUUAUCGCGUGGCCCUUGUCAUACUCAACCUUUUUCACAAGGAGUGCCAGUCGAACAACGAAUGGAGUCCGGACAACAUUAAAAACGACAUUGGCAAUGCUUUGAUCAAGUUCUGCAAGAAGAUACCAGUGUCGCCGGCGAAGUUGCUCCAUGCCGCGUUUAGUAUUAGGGGACUGAGUACCCAGUAUAUUUCUAGAAUAUUUAUCAAGACUGAAAUGCUGCUAAAAAGCCGCUCCGUGCUCACCAGCGGUUCGAAGCAAUUAAUCAAAUCGCGUUCAAGUGAUAAUCUGCCCACUAGUCAGUCGCAGGUCAACAUCCAAAUGAUGUCCCAUACCCUGACCAUCCGGGAGAAGCUGCACUCCGAGAGCUGUCGCAAUUUGGGUGAAAAAUCGCCCGGUCAUAGAGCCAUCGCGAUGGGCGUUUAUCCCAUACACAAUCUGAAAAGUCAAGCUUGUAAGAACGAAGAUCUGUUCACGCUGUGGUCCUGGCUGCCCGUGCGGAUAACAAUGUACCAACCGGUGCUGCUCUACACCACGGAGGAGCACGGCUGCUCGCUGACCACGUUCUACGUUCGGGUGGAGCAGCAUGAGCCCACGCUGCUCAUGAUUAAAACGUGCAAUAAUGAGGUAUUUGGUGCCUACUGCUCCUCGCGCUGGUUUGAAAGAAAUGUAAAAGAUGACAAGGGCCAGCGACAGGCCUACUUCGGUACCGGCGAGACCUUUUUGUUCUCCCUAUAUCCAGAAAGGGCCAAGUACCCAUGGGUCGGCAUUGAGGGCGACAAGGACUUGGGACACAGUUCCGAGCUGUUUAUGGCGGCCGACUCCAAGAUGAUUACUAUUGGUGGCGGCGAGGGGCAGGCCAUCUGGAUGGACGAGAACAUACGUUUCGGCAAGACGGACAGCUGCAAGACCUUCAACAAUCCGCCGCUGUGUCCAUCGGGCGACUUCGAGAUCCGGGUGCUUGAAGUCUACGGCUUCGUGGGCAUCUAAAAACAUUCUUAGUCUGACCGAUAUUGCCCGCCGAUGAUCAAGUGCUCAGUAAAACUGCUCGACGUUCCCCCGCGUUUCCCUAACCAACUCAAACUCCUAUAUUGCUUUCGUUUCCACCCAUUAUUGGCGUACGCUGAUGGUACCAAGAUGAGAAAAUGUGUAAACAUUUCUAAAAGCUUAUUUACAAUAAUGUAUCGAAGGUGGCCAA